AUGAAUCGUUUAAUUUUCUUCGCCGUUACACUCUCAUUAGUCUUCACCAUCGCCAAUACACGAAGCGUGUCAGACAUCGACAACAACCCCGAAAUUUCAGAAGAGUCUACCCCAAAUGAAAUGUUGGAAGAUCCUACCACCGAAACCACCUAUAAUUCCACGGAUGUGUCUGAAGAUUCAACUAAGUUAGAUUUUACUAACAAUGAAUCAACUGAAGCACUGGAAUAUGAAAUGGCUACCGAAAUGGCUGACAUGAUAACGUACAUGACAAAGUCCAUGGCAGAUAGAUCGAAAAUUACAGAAAACCUGAAAAGUAUGAGCAACAAAUCGAAUAUCGACGAAGCUUCUAUGAAAAACCUUGUUAAUCAUCUCGUAAGUUUCAAGGAAGACGAUAGUGCGAUGGAGGAUCAAAUCAAACGUGUAAAGGAAUAUAGACAGCAAUUCAAAUCCGCAAUUCUAAAAUAUUUAAAGAAUUUGCCAUUAAACACUGAAGAUGCACAAAAAAUGGAAAAAGAACUACGUAAUCAGAUGAAUCAACGAUUACCUAAUAUCCCAACUUCGGAAGACAUAAUGGAUAUUCCUGCAAGUAUGCAAAAUAUAUUACCAAAUUAA